AUGAAGAAAUUUAGUUUUCACAAAGUUUUGGAUGGUUUAACUUCAUCCCCUAGUGGAAACUGCAGUAGUAGUAGCGGUGGCAGUGGGCCUGGAAAGAACUCUGGGAACUCCGGAGAGGCUGCAGGGACACCCAGGGAUGAAAUUCAGGAGACGCUGACUGCAGACCACUUUCAGAUAUGCAAGACAGUUCGUCAUGGAUUUCCAUAUCUGCCCACUGUCUUAGCUUUUGACCCAGUUCAAAAGAUUCUGGCUAUUGGAACAAGAACGGGUGCAAUACGCAUAUUGGGCAGGCCAGGUGUUGAUUGUUAUUGUCAGCAUGAAAGUGGUGCUGCUGUUCUGCAGCUUCAAUUUUUAAUUAAUGAGGGUGCUUUGGUUAGCGCAAGUUCAGACGACAUGCUCCAUUUGUGGAAUCUAAGACAGAAACGACCAGCAAUUCUUCAUUCUCUGAAAUUUAACCGAGAACGGAUUACCUUCUGUCAUUUACCAUUCCAAAGCAAAUGGCUCUAUGUUGGAACAGAGAGGGGAAAUACAUACAUUGUAAAUAUUGAAUCCUUCAUACUUUCCGGAUAUGUUAUCAUGUGGAACAAGGCAAUAGAACUGUCAACAAAGACUCACCCUGGGCCCGUUGUGCAUCUAAGCGAUAGCCCAAGAGAUGAAGGGAAACUAUUGAUAGGUUAUGAAAAUGGGACCAUAGUAUUCUGGGAUUUGAGAUCAAAACGAGCAGAUUUAAGGGCGUAUUAUGGUGAGGCUAUUCACUCUAUUGGAUGGCAUCAUGAAGGGAAGCAAUUUAUGUGCAGUCAUUCUGAUGGCAGUUUAACUCUAUGGAAUCUAAAAAGUCCCAGCCGGCCUUUCCAGAUAAUAAUUCCGCACGGUAAGAUUCAGCGAGAUGGGAAAAAAGUUGAAUCUUGUAAGCCCAUUCUGAAAGCAGAAUACAAGACCUGUAAAAACAGUGACCCUUUUAUCAUUUUUUCUGGUGGACUUUCUUAUGAUAAACCUUGGCGAAGGCCAAGUCUGACAAUCAUGCAUGGAAAAGCAAUUACAGUGCUUGAAAUGGAUCACCCCGUGGUCGACUUUUUAACUCUUUGUGAAACUCCAUAUCCAAAUGAAAUUCAAGAGCCCUAUGCUGUUGUUGUACUACUGGAAAAAGAUCUAAUUGUUGUUGAUCUGACUCAAAGCCAUUUCCCCAUUUUUGAAAAUCCUUAUCCCAUGGAUAUUCAUGAUUCACCUGUUACCUGCACAGAAUACUUUGCUGACUGUCCUCCAGAUUUGAUUCCUGUGCUAUAUUCUGUAGGUGCAAAACGUAAGAAACAAGGAUAUAGCAAUAAGGAGUGGCCUAUCAGUGGUGGAGUAUGGAACCUAGGAUCACAAACAUAUCCUGAAAUUAUUAUUACAGGUCAUGCAGAUGGAUCAGUGAAAUUUUGGGAUGCUUCCGCCAUCACACUGCAAAUGCUAUACAAGUUAAAAACCUCAAAGAUAUUUGAAAAACGGAAGUUGGAAGGCAAGCCAACAGCAGAUAUGAUAGAAGAGGAUCCUUGUGCUAUCCAGCUAAUGUAUUGGUGUCCUGAAAGUAGAAUAUUUUGCAUAGCAGGUGUCUCUGCAUAUGUUAUUGUUUAUAGAUUCAGCAAACAUGAAGUUAAUACUGAAAUAUCGUCUUUAGAGGUGCAACUUCAGAGUGAGAUAGAAGAUGCCAUUAGUCCUGAAGCAGAAAUUAUGACUCCAUUUGCCAGUGCCUCUUCCCGUUUUUCAUCUUUAAAAGACCUCUCAGGCAAUAGCAAUACUUCAUCUGAGCGAACAAUGGACUGUAGUCCAUUUCUCAGUGUGAAGACUCAUGCUGUAAGAAUGCCCCCUGGUUAUCAAGCAGAUCUUGUUAUUCAAUUGAUGUGGGUAGAUGGUGAGCCUCCUCAACAAAUAACCAGCCUAGCAGUGAAUUCAGCCUAUGGAUUAGUUGCAUUUGGAAACUGCAAUGGUUUGGCUGUUGUAGAUUUUAUGCAGAAGACUAAACUGCUGAGCAUGGGAAGUUUUGACCUCUAUGGAUCAAGUGAUCCCUAUCAACGCCAACCUCGUUCUCCUCGCAGAAGCAAGCAGUUUAGUGGAGGUAUCACUGAGUUAUCAGAUGGUCCAUUUCCAAUGGAGCUGGAGCAGUGCAGGUCCCCCACAGCUUCAGAUUCUGCAAAUGGACACUAUACAAAUCCAACUUCCCUAACUUGCAGUUCUGGAAAACGGCUGUCCAGUGCCGAUGUUUCCAAAAUCAACCGUCGAGUUCCUGGAAAGCCUCCAUUUAGGAAAGCACAGUCUGCUGCUUGCAUGGAAAUCUCUUUGCCAGUCACAGUGGAAGAAAACAGGGAGAACUCAUUCAGCCAUUCUCGAAGUUCUAGUGUUUGUAGUAUUGACAAAGAGUCUAAGGAAGCAAUUACAGCUUUAUAUUUCAUGGAGUCAUUUUCACGGAAAAAUGACACAGCGUUGUCUCCUUGCCUCUGGGUUGGAACAGGCCUGGGUAUAGUCUUGACUCUUUCCCUUCACCUUCCCACUGUUGAUGAAUUAAGGCAGACAGAACCAGUAACAAUUUCUCUAAGUGGUACAGUUCUAUCACUAAAGGGAGCAGUACUAACCUUUGCUUGUAUGGACUGCAUGGGAACAUUAAUGCAUCCUCCCUAUGAAGCAUGGAGAGAUCCAAACGCCACUGAGGACAGUGAAAGAAGAAAAAAAAGGAAACUUGUCCUUCAUUCUGCAUGCUCCCAGAGCACAGGAGAUCACCAGUUUGCCAUUAUCUGCUCAGAGAAACAAGCCAAAGUAUUUUCAUUGCCUUCCCAGAUAUGCCUCUAUGUUCACAACAUCACAGACACAUCAUUAUUUUUGCGAGCAGAUGCGGUGACCCUCUGUAACAGUGUUUGCUUGGCAUGCUUUUGUGCCAAUGGGCAUAUCAUGAUACUGAGUUUACCCAGCCUCCGCUCUCUGCUAGAUGUGAAUUACCUGCCUGAAACAGAUACGAGGAUUGCCCGGACCUUUUGUUUUACCAAUGAAGGACAAGCUUUGUAUCUUGGUUCUCCAACAGAAGUCCAACGACUGAACUGUAGCCAGGAAAUGUUUGACAAUCUGCAGGACAUGCUUGGUGAUUUGUUCAUUCCCAUGGACACCCCAGAGGCUCAGUAUAGAGGUUUUCUGAAGGGGCUGUUUGGUGGAACUGGUGGAACACUCGACCGAGAAGAACUGUUUGGUGAAGCAACAGCAGGAAAAGCAUCUCGUACUCUUGCUCAGCAUAUUCCUGGAUCCAUUGAAAGUAUUAAGGGAGCUGCAGGAGGUGCUAUUGGAGAUCUGGCUCGCGCACGCCUUGCUCUUGAUGAAAGGGGACAAAAACUUGGAGAACUAGAUGAAAAGACAGCAAGAAUGAUGGCAAAUGCAGAGGCAUUUUCCAAACAUGCACAUGAGGUAAUGCUCAAAUACAAGGACAAAAAAUGGUAUCAAUUCUGAUUUUUAACUGGGUAGCUGCCCCUCAGUGUACUGUGACAAGAAGUCAAGGGGACAAGCCUCAAAAGAUCAGCCUCUCAGCAGAAGCAGCUCUUCUUCCAUUCGGUUUCCUCUUUCCCUUUUCCUGUUCCCCAGAGAGUCAAAGAAGAAGGUAGUUUUCUAAGGCCACUGCACAGUGGAUCUUUGCAUCUACCCCGAGUCUUUUCC